AUGUCCGUAUAAUUACGUUGCACAGGCAAGACAGACAUCUUGCUUGCCAACACCUUUUUCUUUGCCAAUGCCUUCUUAUCUGGUCAAGGUCAAUGUGCGGCAAGCGAUGUAGCCCGCUGUAGAAUCAUGUCGGCCAAUCAGAUUCAUUUCGCAACCAUCACACAAGACCCGAGACGGACAAAAAGAGGUUGUAAGAAUGGUCCUCUCCAAGCAAAUGCCACGCUUUGUGCUCCAGGCCAAAGGUUUAUUUAUUAGCUCAACAAGCCGCCGUUUCGUGUCAGUACAGGCUAGCAGCGAUGAAGUUGCACCUGAGGAGUUGGUCUGGUGGGUAUCAAAUUAUGUGUGCGGUGCAUGUAUUAAGAUCCUGUCUUUUCAUCAGACCAUUCUUUACGUAUAGUCUUACGAUGAACGGGCAAGUCUGAUU